AUGACUGGUAUAUCCGAGCUCGAUAAUGACUCCUACGAAUCAACCAUUUUCCUUUUUGGUCCGCAUGUCGGCAACUUCACUAAGCAGUCAGUGGAGAAGCUGAUCCGGCCGUUCUCUCAAAGUGUUCACAGAACCUGGAUCCUAGAUACCAUUUCUGGUCUGCCAAAGUAUUGGGACGUCCUCACUGACAAGAUGCACAACAUGGCUGGCACAAUUCCAGGCCGCCGUCAACUAGCCUGUCUGGACCAGUGGCUUCGGCACAGCACGGUCGACAUCGACAUGACACAAGAUGAUGGAAACCUGCCCAGUAUAGUGAUAGGCCCGCUAGUGGUAUUCAUACAACUCACUCAGUACUGGCGCUAUCUGGAGCUCAAGAGUACUGACGACCUAGGAGAGGCGGCCGAUCUGCAGGCGGAUCUGGUCCUACGCCAGAAGCAGAAAGGUGGCCCGAAAGUCGAGUCUCUGGGCUUCUGCGCCGGGCUACUAGCCGCCAUGGCCGUCGCCAGCGCCAGUAACCGGGAGGAGUUCUAUAAGUAUGGCGCCGUAGCGGUACGAUUGGCCAUGCUAAUCGGUGCACUGAUCGAUGUCCAAGAAGCGUGGGACAAAGGCCACGCGAAGGGCGGUUCUGUGUCAUAUGCGAUAGCAUGGCGUGGCCAGAAGCAGGCCGAUGAGGUGACGCGCAUAGUCGAGAGUCUGUCACCCAAUGCCUAUCUCGCUGUUCUGUAUGAUGAGGCCCGCGCCACGGUGACCACGUCGCAGCACACGGCUCCUCUUCUCCUGAAUCGACUCCGGGCUUCUGGUAUCACGGCUGCCGAGAUUGGUAUCAAAGGCCACAUCCAUAGUCCGGAGCCGGAUAGGAAACACCAUGCAGACCUGCUCAUUGACAUGUGCAAGACUUUUGUCGAUCUGCAGUAUGUUGAUGCAGCCUCCUUCGCACUUCCGACCUACAACAACCAGGCUGAGAGUAGACCUCUGUCGCGAGAUGCCGGCAAUGUGACCGAGAUGGUUCUCCGCGCCAUCCUGGUGGAGCAGUGCAACUGGUAUGGCACUUUCUUGGCCGUAACCAAAGGCAAGAAGCCUUUUGUCGUAACUUUCGGCCUUGAGCGCUGUGUCCCGCCAACUUUGAUGCGGAGCAUCGGAACUCGACAGGUGCACUUUGAAGAUUUGGCGGAUAAGAACAUGAUACCAGGGGCCCCUCCGAGGGCAGUGCUUGAUAUCCAACUGGAAACACAGCCGCGACAUGCGGGUGCACAACCAAUCUCAGAUCUAGACGUCGACAAAAACACCAUUGCGGUUAUUGGCAUGUCCGUCAAAACAGCCGGGGCCGACGACCUGGCCGAGUUUGCCGAGAUGCUCAAGACAGGUCAGUCACAGCACGAGUUGAUCACCAGGGAGCGGCUGAUGCACGACAUGCUAUUUCGCGAAGCACCAGAUAGCGAUCCUUCCCGCAAGUUUUACGGCUGCUUCUUCCGGGACGCCGACGCAUUUGAUCACAAAUUCUUCAAACGUAGCCCGCGUGAGUCAGCCGCCAUGGAUCCGCAGAGUCGUCUGGUUCUACAGGCGGCGUACCAGGCUGUCGAGCAGUCCGGAUACUUCACAGAGACGACAAAUUCGGAGUCUAACGGCCGCGAUAAGAUGCAUGUUGGCGUCUAUCUGGGUUCGUGUGGAGUUGACUACGAGCAUAACAUUACCUGCCACGAGCCCAAUGCCUUCACGGCAACAGGAGCACUAAAGAGUUUCAUCACAGGCCGGGUAUCACACUACUUUGGCUGGACUGGCCCAUGUAUGACAUUUGACACAGCGUGUUCGUCCUCAGCUGUGGCCAUCCACACGGCAUGUCGUAACCUACUGUCGGGCGAAUGCUCGGCAGCGCUGGCUGGUGGCUCCAACACAGUAACGAACAUGCUGUGGUUUCAGAAUCUCAGCGCCGGCAGUUUCGUCAGCCCAACGGGACAGUGUAAACCAUUUGAUGAUGGUGCUGACGGCUACUGCCGCGCUGAAGGUCUGGCGUUUGUGUUUUUAAAGAAGCUAUCGGACGCAGUGCGAGACGGUAAUCCUGUGAUAGCCACUAUCCCUAGCACUGCAGUGUACCAAAAUCAGAACUGCACCCCUCUAUUCGUGCCUAACGCACCGUCUUUAUCGUUGCUGUUUAGAGAUGUGAUGCGGAAGGCCAAGGUUACGGCGCGUGAUAUCUCACUAGUCGAGGCCCAUGGCACCGGAACGCCAGUUGGUGACCCAGCCGAGUACGAGAGCAUUCGAUUUGCUCUCGGAGGCCCUGGCCGUGACAAGAAGCUACCUAUCGGCUCCGUUAAGGGCCACAUCGGCCACACUGAAGGCGCGUCGGGUGUCAUCGCGCUUGUCAAGAUUAUCAUGAUGAUGCGCGGCGCUUUCAUUCCUCCACAGGCUAGCUUUACCAAGAUGAGCCGCAAUAUCGACGUGCGGCCAGAUGAUAUGAUCGGAGUGGUGACGAAGCUACAGCCCUGGGAAGAGGAACACAAGACUGCCCUCCUCAACAACUACGGCGCCUGUGGUUCCAACGCAAGCCUCAUAGUCACCCAACCACCUAAAUACUUAUUCGUGCCCAGACGCGGCAGUAAUCCUGAAGAGAAGCGGUAUCCCUUUUGGAUUGCAGGUCUUGACGCUAGGUCUAUCGCCGCCUACUCUGCCAAGUUGGGCCCAUAUUUGCGAUCGUGCCCCAAAGACACCGCACUAGCUGACAUUUCAUUCAACAUAAACCGGCAGUCCAACCGUGGUCUACAGCAGGGUAUCAUUUUCACCUGCCGCUCGGUAACCGAGCUGCAUGAAAAACUUGAGCAGACUGCUCGAAUUUCAAGUAAAGAAGACGCCCCAAAAGUAGGUAUCGUGCCAACAAAGGCCGAGCGGCCCAUCAUCCUGUGUUUUGGUGGUCAGAUGUCGCGAUUUGUCGGGCUGGACCGCAAUCUGUUUAAUAGCGCGGCCAUAUUGCGGCGACAUUUGGACGACUGCGAUGCUGUCGUGACUACCCUCGACCUGGACAGCAUCUACGCCUCCCCGGAUAUAUUCUCGCGGGAGCCGAUACGGGACACCGUGAAGCUGCAGACGAUGCUAUUUGCCAUGCAGUAUGCGUGCGCCAAGGCCUGGAUGGACUGUUGUGGUGGCACCAAGGUUGCCGCCGUCGUGGGCCACAGUUUUGGAGAAAUCACGGCACUGUGCGUGGCUGGUGUCCUCAGCCUGGAACACACUGUUAAGCUCGUAGCAUCAAGAGCCAAGCUCGUACGCGAUGCGUGGGGUAUCGAUCAAGGCGCCAUGAUGGCCCUCGACGCCGAUGAGGCGCUUGUCCACGAGCUCUUGCAAGAAGCGAAUCGUAGCUCGGACGGCUCUGCCAGCAUUGCGUGUUACAAUGGACCGCGCAGUUUCACCAUUGCCGGAUCGACCAGCGCUGUUGAUGCGGUGCAGGCUACAAUGACGUCUGACACCUCUAAGUUUGGGGCCAUCAAGAGCAGACGCCUCGAUGUGACCAACGCCUUCCACUCCGUCCUCGUCGAAAAGCUGGUUGAUGGUCUGGGCCAGGUUGGAAAGGGGCUGACCUUUCAUAAACCCGUCAUUCCCGUAGAGCGCGCAACUGAAACCCCUAUAGACGGAAACGAGAUAGAUUGGACUUUCGUACCACGACACAUGCGCGAACCUGUAUUCUUCAACCACGCCAUGCAGCGUUUGGCCAAGCAUCACCGACAAGCCAUCUUCCUCGAAGCUGGCUCCAACUCAACCAUUACCGUUAUGGCAGCCAGGGCCCUCGCCCAAAGCGAGAAUUCGUCGCCAGAUGGGCAUCACUUUCAAGCCGUUUCUAUUACGUCCGAGACAGGCUUCGAAGGACUGACAGAUGCCACUGUGGCACUAUGGAAACAAGGUCUACACGUUUCAUUUUGGGCACACCAUGCUCUACAAACGCGCGAGUACGCGCAUUUACUCCUACCGCCAUACCAGUUUGACAAGUCAUCGCGCCACUGGCUCCCGAUGAAGUCGGCCCGGGACGUGGUGAACCAGGCCGCGAAGGCCCUGGUGGCAGGGACCCAGCAGCAAUCGCAAGGAGAAGAUGUGCCUAUAGAUGCCAAAGCGCUGGGUCUGUGGCACUUUGUCGGCUACCAGGACAAGAACAACAAGAAACCGCGAUUCUGCAUCAACGUAGCGUCAGAAAAGUACAACAAAUUUGUCCUAGGCCACUUGAUUGCGCAGACGGCACCAAUCUGUCCCGGCACACUCGAGUGCGACAUGGUCAUUGAGGCGCUGUUUAGCCUGCAUCCGAGCUGGAAAGAGGAUGGCGUGCAGCCUGAGAUUCGCAACAUGGUGAACCACACGCCCAUCUGCGUAGACCCAACCCGCGUUGUGUACAUGGACAUGUCGGCCCUCGACAAGAAGCACGCGCAGUGGAGUGUCCACAUCUUUAGCGUCAGUAACGCCGAUGAGGUCCAGACGCACGCGGAGGCUCGCGUGUACAUGCGCCAGCCCACCGAUGCCUCCUCUCUGCAGGAGUUUGCGCACUUUGAGCGGCUCGUCAGCCACUCCCGGUGCCAGGAGCUGCUGGGCCUGCCCCUGGAUGCGGACGACGUCGAAGUGCUGCAGGGCCGCAACAUAUACCGAGCAUUCAACCCCAUAGUUGAGUACGCAGACAUGUAUCGCGGUGUCCGGUACCUCGUGGGACGCGGCAACGAGUGCGCCGGCCACAUCCAGCUGCCCAGGCGCCAUCGCGGCGAUACUUGGCUCGAUGUCCCCCUCAGCGAUAGCUUCAGCCAGGUCGGUGGCCUCUGGGUAAACCUGAUGACUGACCUGCCGCCUGGAGAUAUGUACAUCGCCACGGGGUGCGAAGUGUCUAUGCGUUCGUCGAAGGCUCCGCCUAGGGCCGAGACGGACGUGUGGCAUGUGUAUGCUCGCCAUUCGCGCCAGGGCGACAAGGCAUACAUGACGGACCUGUUUGUGUUUGAUGCUGCGACAGGGCUCCUUGUCGAAGUCAUGUUGGGCGUGCAGUAUGGGCGGGUGGCUAAGACGUCCAUGAGCAGGAUGCUUGCGCGCAUGACAACAGACGAGUCAGCGCUGCGGAACAAGGCUCCCGUCACCACUACACCCGUUUUCGUUCCUGCUGCGACUUCAGCUCUUGACGAGGUGAGCCCGACUGCCAAAAGAUUGAGCAAGGAGAGGAUGGAGAAGAAGGAAGACACGAACAAGCCAAAGAAGGAAAAGGCAGCUUCUGGCAGGCGGGACAUCACCGAGGACGUCCGCAACCUCGUGGCCAGCGUGUCGGGCAUCGAAGCCAGCGAGAUAGAACUUGACUCAGAGCUGGCCGACUUUGGCAUUGACUCUCUGAUGGGUAUGGAGCUGGCGCGGGAGGUGGAGCUGGCCUUCAAAUGCAAGCUGGACCAGGCCGAACAGAUGGACGCUACGAAUCUGCGCAAGUUUGUCGCGUGCGUUUCUAAUGCACUGUUUGGCGCAGAGAAUGUGGUCUCUGUGGAGGAUGUUGAGGUUACUGACGGCGAAGAGGAUGAAGAUGAUUCAUCCUCCACGGGCGAAGGAGGAGAGACAUGGUCUGAGCCCAGCCAGGACCGAGACUCCAGCAUCUACACGCCUCCUCUGCUAAAGGCUGAGCCUACUCCGCCCCUUACUACACCACCACUGGCGGCUGUGAGCAAUCUAACACUGUCCCCAUCAGACGUUCUCGAGUCCUUCGGCGAGGUCAAGAUGGCCACGGACAGCCUCAUGCACGAGCACGAGAUCGAUAAGACCGAAAAGACCUUCCUAGCCGGAAGUAGCCGCCUCUGCACGGCACUCAUCGUUGAGGCCUUUGACGAGCUAGGCUCACCCCUCCGCACCGCUAUAGGUGCACAGUUGCUUGAACGCGUGCCAUAUCUCCCGCAGCACCGCCGGCUUAUGGACUGCGUGUACGAAAUUCUGGAACACGAUGCUCGACUGAUUGACAUUGGUGUCGCGAGCGGCCAACUGACACGCACGAACAUAUCUGCCCCGCGCAAGACAAGCCAUGCCAUCCUACAGGAGCUGCUGGCUGCACAUCCACAGUUUGCCGUGCCGAAUCGCCUGACCUACUACGCAGGCAAACAGCUUGCUGGCGUUCUCAGUGGCAAGACGGACGGCAUCCGUGUGCUCUUUGGUAGCCCCGAAGGCCGGGAGUUGACGGCCGCUAUGUACUGCGAACACACAUUCAACCGCAUGAACUACAUUCAAAUGCGGAGUGUAGUUGGGGCUUUGGCCAAGCGCGUCCAAAACAGCAGCAGGGGCGAGAUAUUCAAGGUCCUAGAGAUGGGAGCCGGGACAGGAGGCACUACACUUAUUAUAGCCCCAUUCUUGGCAUCGCUGGAAGAGCAAGGCAUCAUGCGGGUGGAAUACACUUUUACGGACCUAUCGCCGUCCAUGGUCGCCAACGCACGCCGGCGGUUCAGCAAACUGUAUCCGUUUAUGCGCUUUGCCGUACACGAUAUCGAGAAGCCGGUUGCGGAAGAGCUAAGGGGGCAGCACCUGGUGCUUGCCAGCAACGCCAUCCACGCCACGCAUAGCUUGGUUGUCUCGGCGUCGAAUGUGCGCCAGGCCUUGCGGCCAGAUGGCUUCCUUAUGCUACUAGAAAUGACCGAGGUUGUCCCCUUUAUUGACCUUGUCUUUGGCUUGCUUGAAGGCUGGUGGCUGUUUGACGAUGGGCGGCAUCAUGCUGUUGUGCCGGCCGAACACUGGGAGCGCGAGCUGCAUGCUGCAGGCUUUGGGCAUGUCGACUGGACUGAUGGCCACUUGCCGGAGAAUGCCUUCCAGAAGGUGAUUAUUGCGAUGUCGUCGGGAACGCAGGGGCCUCGCUUGCCGAAGCCUGUCCCGAAGUCUACCCAGGAGCAUCAGCCUGAAGUCGCCGAGGCGGAUCGGCUUGUGACCAAGUACACGGAUGGCUGGGCCACGCGGAAACUGCAAGCCCUCAGUGUCCGAUGCGAAGAGACGAAGCUCAAUAACAAACAAGAGGGGGAGAAGAAGCUCAACAAGAUAGAUCUCGGCUCAGUGGUUCUGGUGACUGGCGCCACAGGAAGUUUAGGUUCGCACUUGGUGCAGAAGCUAGCCGAGAAUCCCACCGUUGCGCAGGUUGUGUGUCUCAAUCGCCGCAGCAACAGCGGCUCGUCGGUCCAUAAAAGACAACAAGAGGCAUUUCUGCGCAGAGGAAUUGUGCUGUCCCCAGGUGCACGCUCCAAGCUGCGUGUCCUGGAGAUGGACAUCUCCCAGCUGCAGCUGGGACUACCACCCCACGAGCAUGCCUGGCUUGUGCAACAUGGCACGCAUAUCGUGCACAAUGCGUGGCCCAUGAGCGGCACGCGCCCCCUCAGCGCCUUUGAACCACAGCUGCAGGCCAUGAGGAAUCUGCUUGACUUAGCGCGUGAUAUGGCCACCCGCAACGUCAUAAACCCCGUCCGUGUCGGCUUCCAGUUUGUCUCGUCUAUUGGUGUGGUUGGGUACGCAGGCGAGUUGCGUGUCGCCGAGCGCCGUGUACCGCUUUCCGCCGUCCUGCCCGGUGGUUACGGUGAGGCCAAGUGGGUGUGCGAGCGUAUGUUAGAUGAGACUCUCCAUAAGUAUCCCGGCCUCUUCAGGCCGAUGGUCGUGCGGCCAGGCCAGAUCGCUGGCUCGUCAAUCAGCGGGUUCUGGAACCCAAUGGAGCAUUUCGCCUUCUUGGUGAAGUCAGCCCAGGCCCUACGUGCAUGGCCUGACCUCGAUGGUGUGUUGCAAUGGAUCCCGGUUGACCGCUGCGCGGGCACGAUUGCAGAUCUGUUAAAGAUUGGCGAUGUAUCUGAUGCUUAUCCCGUCUACCACAUUGACAAUCCUGUCGGCCAGCAGUGGAAAGCAAUGUCACCUGUGUUGGCUGCUGCGCUUAACAUCCCGCAGCACGCCAUCAUUCCCUUCAAGAGCUGGAUCAAGCGCGUUCGUCGGUCGCCCCUUCUUCCGGAGACGGAGAACCCAGCCGCUCGCCUUGUUGACUUUCUCGACUGCCAUUUCGAGCGUAUGUCGUGCGGUGGACUAAUUCUAGAUACGACUAGAGCCAAGGAGCACUCUGAUACCUUGGCCAACGAGGGCCCCGUAAGUCCCGAGUUGGCACGUCUUUAUGUUACUGCUUGGAAAGAGAUGGGCUUUUUGGAUUCUUGA